UCGUGUGGUUUGGUUUUGGGCUUAACUCUUAAAUCCGUACCUUUUUCUCUCUCUCUUUCUCGAACUUUCUUCACUUCUUCUUCAACCCCCUUUUUCGUUCUUCUCUGCGACCAGAACCUUCAGCUUCAUCCAUGGCUGACGAGGACUUCGAUUUCACCGAUAAAGUUCCUCCGUCUCUCGAUCGCGCGGGAAAUUCUGCAUCCCAAGGGUUCAACCCAGGCUUAAUAGUUCUCAUUGUUGUUUUUGGAUUGGUGCUUGCGUUCCUCAUUGGAAAUUUUGUGCUCUACACAUAUGCACAGAAGAACCUCCCUCCGAGAAAAAAGAAGCCAGUGUCAAAGAAGAAGAUGAAGAGGGAGAGACUGAAACAAGGCGUCUCUGCACCUGGAGAAUAAACACAUAGUCUCACAUUGUGUUCUUUGGCUAAUAUACUCUUACGAGAAGUUUUCCUUGUUUUGUGGUAUCAAGAGUUAAUGUUAAUUUCAUGUUUCUAUCCUGUGAGUUAUUGUAGUGAAGACCUUUCAGAAAAAACAAUGCUAUCGUGGUUAGCUCAUCGAUUGUUUUCCAACUCGAUAUUGGUCAUUUUAGAAACAACAAUGCUAUGACAGUUCCCAA